AUGUACCGCUCCAAGAUGUUACCUAUGUCGAAGGCUUUUAUCGGAAAACCCGCACCCGACUUCGCCACAAAGGCCGUCUAUAAUGGCGACUUCAUCGACGUGAAACUGUCUGACUACAAGGGCAAGUACACCGUCCUCUUCUUCUAUCCACUGGAUUUCACGUUUGUCUGUCCUACGGAAAUCAUCGCCUUUUCCGACCGUGUCGAAGAAUUCAAAAAAAUCGAUGCUGCGGUUCUCGCUUGUUCAACUGAUUCCGUUUUCUCUCAUCUGGCGUGGAUCAAUACUCCUCGCAAGAUGGGCGGCCUUGGUGACAUGAACAUUCCCGUUCUUGCUGACACCAACCACCAAAUUGCAAAGGACUAUGGUCUUUUCAUUAUUGACCCUAAGGGAAUUCUGCGACAGAUCACUGUCAAUGACCUUCCUGUCGGUCGCUCUGUGGAUGAGACUCUCCGUCUGGUGCAGGCCUUCCAAUACGUUGACAAGCAUGGUGAGGUGUGCCCAGCUGGUUGGACUCCUGGAAAAGCUACCAUCAAGCCAGGUGUCAAGGACAGCAAGGAGUACUUCAGCAAAGCAAACUAA